AUGUUCACAGAGGAGCUUGCUUCUGAAGCAGAUUCUCGAGCCUCCCUUUCCAGCGACUUCAUUGGUUAUCAUCACAAUUAUCCCGGUAAUGUCGUCGUUCGUGUUUGCCAGCGCUUUUAUGGCUUUCUUCAGGGGCCCAAGGUUCCGAUUGCACCUGGUAAUCGCCCAUAUUUUGCAGAGGCACAAAAAGGACUGGCAAAUCUCCUUGCACAUCGUUCUGGUACCUUUAGACGUUUAUUUUGGGUAGGCUUUUACGCUUUGUGGUCAAUCACUUUGCUAUCCCUCAUCUAUCGGUCAUCGUUUGCAGCAACAUCGCUCCGACCCGCUGGUGAAGACAAAGAUGCUCGGCCACCACAGUUCCUACGCUGCACGACUACACUGUGGGCGCGAAAGAAUGGUUGUGGCUUGGACGGCACCGACUGCGAGCCAUUCAGUGACACCUCUUUUGAGUUUCGGUGCCCAGCUGGAUGCAACGGCGAGUUUCUGCUGAACCCUUAUACCAUUGGCAACAAGCAGGUGGUAGGCAAGCCGCUCGUCAUCGGUGGGCCUGUCGUCAAUUUGCCACCCACGUCUGCUACAGGCGUUGUCCUUGACGAGCAUAUCUACAGGGCAGACUCAAUGAUUUGCGCAAGUGCCUUGCAUGCAGGGAUCAUCAGCAACACGCUUGGUGGCUGCGGCACACUUGUCACGCUUGGCACUCAGGGAUCCUUUACGAAUUCAACUCAAAAUGGCAUCGUUUCUGAGCCCUUUGACAGUUCUUUUCCGAAAUCAUUUGCCUUUGCUAAGCAAGAAGGAGCUGGUGCAACACGAGCUGGAUGCGUUGAUCUGCGUUGGAUCAUCACAACCAUUCACAUUUUCUUCACUGUGGUGUUCACGCUCUUCCAAGAAUCAGCUGCCGUGUUCUACUGGGUCUUGUUUGUUGCUGCAUUCUGGCAAGUCGCUCUUGUUUCGUCACCACCUCCAUUGGCAAGCUAUGAUUUGCUUUCACAAGGCGCAGGCGCAUUUUUGCCUGCUCUGUUUGUUGCAUAUGCUACGUGGCGCUCAGCGGCAAGACACACGCUCGCUGCUCCGACAUGGCCAUUUGAUAGGCUAUGCUGGCUAGGUGGGUUGUGGAUCGGUAUCCUCAUGGACUACAUCACUGCCAACGUUCCAGUCUCACGGCUCAUUGCAAGUGACAUCCGGCGAGAUGGUGGUCUCUUCUGGGUAUUAGGCAUUGCUUCAGGGAUCCUUGUCAUUGUGCUCUGUCAGAUGUACAAGCUACGACGACUCAAGCUGCUACCCUUCUAUCUUGCCUGCUAUCUUACGACAGGCUUGGUCUUUGGCUUGCUGGCAGCCUUGCCACAUCUAACAUUCCGCUUGCAUCAUUACAUCUUUGCCAUGCUCUUCCUGCCAGGUACUUGUAUGCAAACACGUUGGGAUAUGCUGUACCAAGGCAUAUUGCUUGGCUUGUUUUGCGAUGGUAUUGGUAGAUGGGGUUUCGAUGCCAUUAUCGAGACGAGCGAGCAUCUACGCAGUGACGCUGUCUUGCAGUCCUUGAUUCCGACAUUCCUCAACAAUAGCACGACACACGAUGUGUUGGCAGAGACGACGCGUGGUGUCUCAGCAGGAGUACUCAGGUGGAAGGCAGACGCACCUGCAAACUACGGCUACUCGCUCCUCAUCAACGACGUGGAGCGGUUUCGUGGCACUGCUACGCAAUUCAGCUUACAAGCGCUCAACAUGACAGACAGCGCACCGUACUACGCACGACUAGCGUAUGCAUAUGGGAGUGCAGCGCUCGACUACACAAAAGCAGCAGUGAUGUUUGCGAAUGGGACAUUCACACGUCCUGAUCCAGGUCGGACAUGA